UCUAAGCCCAUCUGUGUCUUAACUGUGAAACCUUUGAAGUUGAAUUUGUUUAAUCCUUUGUCUCAAUAAAAUAAUUGUAGAAAUUAAUUUGAGGUGUUGACAUUUUUGUGCGUCUGCGUACGUAAUAUCCACAUAAUUAAGGUGGUAAACGCUCAGAUUUGAUUGUGUUUAAUAUAUAGUAAAUAUACUCAAGUCCAUGAGAGACUUGAGCUUAUAUUAUAAGAGAGGUGGCAAUUGCAGUGCCAACCCACGAGAGAUCUCUAGUAAUUUAAUUGAGGGUUCCAGAAAUGGAUGCUUCUGGUGCUGCAGCUACUGUUCCUCCAUUGAUUAGUCAUAAAGAUGGUUGUAGUCAAGAGGCUGAAAUUAAGGUAGGGCUUAGAGGAAUUAGAGGAGAAUUAUUACAAGAUCAUGGUGUGAAGCCAUCUUCAUCCAAUAAUGAGGACAAAGAGGAGGACGUACUUGAGGCUGCAAAAGCGGAAAUGGGUGAAGUUAGAGAAGAAAAUGAACGAUUAAAGAUGAUGCUGCAGCAGGUGGAAAAAGAUUACCAAUCACUCAAAUUGCGAUUCCUCGACAUCCUUCGCAAAGAAACUUGCAAGAAAUCGGCAGAUUCUGGCCCAUCCAGUGACGAAACCGAAGAACCUGAGCUUGUGUCACUUUGCCUUGGAAGAACUCCAAGCGAGCCUAAAAGAGAUGAGAAGACUAGCAACUCUAGUAAAAGUAGUAGAGAAAAUGAAGAGUUAAAGGCUAGCCUGACUCUUGGGUUAGAUUCCAAAUUUCAGACAUCUACCGAGCUUGUUUCGUUGAAUCGUAGCCCAGAGAAUAGUUCAGAAGAUUUAGCCAAGGAAGAUGAAGCUGCAGGAGAGACAUGGCCACCAAGCAAGAUCCUAAAGAGAAAUAUUGAUAAUGAGGUUGCUCAACAAAGCAAUGUGAAAAGAGCUAGGGUUUGUGUGAGAGCUAGAUGUGAUACCCCAACGAUGAAUGAUGGAUGCCAAUGGAGGAAAUAUGGUCAGAAGAUUGCAAAAGGAAAUCCAUGCCCUCGAGCAUACUAUCGUUGCACAGUCGCACCAGCAUGCCCAGUAAGGAAACAGGUCCAAAGAUGUGCUGAGGACAUGUCCAUCUUGAUUACUACCUAUGAAGGAACCCACAACCACCCUCUCCCUGUUUCAGCCACAGCCAUGGCUUCCACGACCUCAGCAGCAGCUUCCAUGUUAUUAUCAGGCUCUUCAGCCUCACAGCCUGGCCUUGGCUCCAAUGCUGCUGCAACAACUGCUACAGAACUCAAUGGAUUAAGCUUCAGUCUCUAUGAUAGUUCCAGAACAAAACAAUUCUACUUAGCAAAUCCUUCAUCUACGUUGUUCCCAACAAUUACUUUAGACCUUACAGCCUCUCCAUCCACUUCAGCUAGGUUCUCUUCAUGCUUCACUUCAACCUCUAGAUUUCCUUCAACAAGUCUUAACUUUUUUUCCGCAGAAUCGAACAUAUUACCAGCAGUUUGGGGCAAUGGGUACCAAACUAAUAGUACAACACUAACCAAUCUUGGGCCGUCCUUGGGUCUAGGAAAACAAAUCCAAGAACAAAUGUAUCAGCCUUACAUAGAAAAGAACCACCAGCACCAAGCACCUUCUCAACAGGCAUUGACAGAAACCUUAACCAAGGCAAUAACAUGUGAUCCAAGUUUCAGAACUGUCUUAGCUUCAGCUAUUUCAUCAAUGAUGGGAGGCAGCGGCAGUGGUAGUGCAAGUGCAAGUUCAAAUCAAACGGGUGCAAAGAGUUUUGGUCAGAAUUUAAAAUUAGGAGAGGCUAAUAAUGAGGCCAUUUCUUCCAACUCCCUGAACCCGCAGAAUGGGAAAGGAUGUGCAACAAGCUACUUCAAUGGAUUGUCGGCUUCAACUUCCCAACUGGGAAGCCUGCUUCAACCUCAUGCAUUACCAUUUUCUGUGUUUAAUAGUGCCUCCAUGGCUGCUAAUAAUGAUAAUAAAAAGGAUAAUAGGAGUUGAAAAGAAGUGUUAAAUAUAAGAAAAUGACAAAACAAUUGAGUGGAAAAAAAAGAUCGAUGAUAUGUCAUUUUCUUAUCUUUAACAUUGUUUCUAUGCCAUUUUCUAUCAUUUAACACAGUUUUUGGAUGUUACAUUCUUGUCGUUAUCAUAGCAAGCCCACAAAUUUUAAGCA